AAAAGUAGUAGUUGGAGUCAUAUGAUUGCCCUUUUUAUCUCUACACAUACAACCUUCCCAUAUAUAAGGAGAGACCACUAAUAAGUAAUAUGCAAUAGAUCAAAAAGUAAGGAAAAAACAUGGGGAAGAAGAACAACUAUCAGCUGUUGCAAAUUCUUCUUCUUCUGCACACGAUCUUAUUCUUGAAAAUAUCAGCUCAUAAACAUGAUGGUGUGCAAGCACUCUCCAAAAUUAAUAUUUUAGCUACAAAACUAGCUCUUCACAACAAGGCCACAAUUCAAGUUUCUACCAUUUUGCAGCCCACUAAGGAAAAUGAGAACUCAAGACCACUUGGUACAAGUAGAUCUCUAUAUGAAGCUAAAAUGGGCAAUGACUAUGUUCGCCCAGUAACCGUAACUCUCACGUCUGACAAUCCAUCGCCUGAUGAUUGGGUCGGAGUUUUCUCCCCAGCAAACUUUAAUGCAUCUGCAGACUGUCAAGAAGUUGGUAAUCGGCAUGUUGAAAACCCAACUAUAUGCACUGCUCCUAUCAAGUACAAAUAUACAAACUACUCCAAUCCUAAUUACGUCAAAAAUGGGAAAGCUGAGUUGAAGUUCGAGUUGAUUAAUCAACGAGCAGAUUUUGCCUUCGCGUUAUUUUCUGGUGGCCUGUCUAAUCCAAACCUGGUGGCAGUUUCAGACCCUAUAUCUGUUUUCCCAAACCCGAAAGCCCCCCUUUAUCCUCGAAUUGCUAUGGGAGAAACUUGGGAUGUGAUGACAGUGACAUGGACAAGUGGGUACAACAUAGGUGAAGCUGUUCCUUUUGUUGAAUGGGGGCGUCUAGAUGAAGCUACCAUUCAAUCACCUGCUGGAACUUUUACAUAUACUCGCAAACAUAUGUGCGCUUCACCUGCGCGAACAGUUGGUUGGCGGGAUCCUGGAUUUAUACACACUAGCUUUCUGAAAGAACUCUGGCCAAACACAUUAUAUUCUUAUAGAUUGGGUCAUAAAUUAUCAAAUGGUUCCUAUGUUUGGAGCAAGAACUACAAAUUUAAAUCACCUCCAGUUCCCGGAGAAAGCUCAUUACAACGUGUUGUUAUAUUUGGUGAUAUGGGAAAGGGUGAACGUGAUGGAUCAAAUGAGUAUGCUGACUAUCAACCAGGAGCACUGAAUACUACAGACCAACUUGUUAAAGAUAUAGACAACAUUGAUGCAGUUUUUCUUAUAGGAGAUUUGCCAUAUGCCAAUGGAUAUAUCUCACAAUGGGACCAAUUUACAGCACAAGUAGAGCCCAUUGCAUCAGUUGUGCCCUUCAUGGUUGCAAGUGGUAAUCAUGAGCGUGACGUACCAGAUUCUGGAUCUUUUUAUGCAAAUAAUGAUUCUGGUGGUGAAUGCGGUGUCCCUGCUGAAACAACAUUUUACGUUCCUGCCAAAAAUCGAGCUAAGUUUUGGUACUCAACAGAUUAUGGAAUGUUCCAUUUCUGUAUAGCAGAUACAGAGCAUGACUGGAGGGCAGGUAGUGAGCAAUACAAGUUCCUUGAAGAAUGUCUUGCAUCAGCAAAUAGGCACAAGCAACCUUGGUUAAUCUUUGCUGGUCAUCGACCUCUCGGAUAUUCGUCUAAUAAAUGGUUUGGAGAGGAGGGGUCAUUUGAAGAGCCAAUGGGCAGAGAUGACCUCCAAAAACUAUGGCAGAAGUACAAAGUUGAUCUUGCAUUUUGGGGCCAUGUUCAUAAUUAUGAGAGAACCUGCCCUGUUUACCAGAAUCAAUGUGUGAAAGAUGGAACUUCUCACUACUCAGGUGUUGUGAAUGGUACCAUUCAUGUUGUUGCGGGUGGCGGAGGAUCUCACUUGAAUCAGUUUAGCCCGAUCAAAACUAUUUGGAGUAUUUAUAGAGACUUUGAUUUUGGAUAUGUGAAGAUGACAGCACAUAAUCAUUCAUUUCUGGAGUUUGAAUAUCUGAAAAGUAGUGAUGCUAAAGUUUAUGACUCCUUCACAAUCUCUAGAGACUACAAAGAUGUAUUGGCAUGUGUUCAUGAUAGUUGUGAACCCUACACCUUAGCCGGAUGAAAUGAAUGACACAGUUCCGGGAGCUCACAUAAGUGCAAGGGAUAAGAUGUUUGUAUUACAGUCUCUAGUAGAUUAAUGUAUUCUUCUAGGGUAAAUGUUGGUGUAAAUGACAAUCUUUUGCAUAUCGGAUGAUAUAUUGCGUUGCUUCAUCAGUAAUUCAGUAUGGGUAGGUCGCGAGUCGCGACAUACUUCUUGCCGCGGUUGGGCCGUGGAGUAGGUUACUUCAUGUCUUUUAUGCAUCCAACGAUGAGUUGUCCAUUAGUUUUCUUUCCGUAUGUAGUUGUAACCAGUAUUCUCGAUAAAUAAUAAGUGAGUAUACUCCCUCGGUUCUGUUUUAAAUAUAAAAAAUAUAGUUUAGUGAGAUUUUGUUA